UAUGGAUAUCACAAAAGUGCUUACUUUGGUUUUCCUGCUAGCAGUUGUAGUGAACUGUAGACGACACUUCAGAGAGAAUUAUGAAAGAGAAGAUGAAAUGCAAGAUUUUGAUGAAGAGGACGAACUUCCUGAAGACUACGAAGAAGAUGAACUAGAAAAUGAAGUUGAGGAUCCAUCGCAUCAAGCAGGAAGUUCGAACCCGAACCUGGAAAUGUGUGACAAUGUAAACUUACCAUGUCAGCAUUGUGAUUCCUGUUUUCCUGGUGGAUGGUGCAUCAAGCAUCCGGGUAACCAACCUAAAUGUUUGUGUAACUAUGGUUGGACAGGACCAAGAGCCAAGUGGGUUCCCAACACGAAUGAUCCAGCUUGGGGAAUAAAUCGAAUCAGAGCUGAGAAUUGUUUGAAACCAUGUCACUACACACAUCAUGUCAGAAAUAAGACAUGUGUUGCUCCUACCGGAGAUAACCAAGGUGGUUGCGACCCUAAAUGUGGUAAAUAUCAAGGACAGUGUGUCAAUGGUAAAUGUCAAUGUUGUCGAGGUUGGUCAGGACCUAACGGAGUUUAUGACACUGCUACAGGCAAAUAUAGUGCAGAUUAUUGCAACAAAGAAUGUCCAUUUUUAGGUGCUGGAAUACCUAACCCAACAUGCAAGAAAGCGAAUGAUGAUGUACCUGCAUGCAAUCCAAAAUGCGUUAAAAGUGACGGUAAAUGUUUGACAAACGGUCGGUGUCUAUGUUGUCUGGGUUGGACUGGACCUCACGCUGAAUAUGUACUUUCUGGACACUAUAAAGGAAAGAUUGUUGCAGAUUAUUGCGAUGUAUACUGUCCAUACACUUCACAUACCCACCACAAAUUAUGUGUCAAUCCAGACUACGUUGUCAGAAGAAGGGAAGCUGGUCACAGAAUCUACGUUUAAAGAAGAUGACGACCUCGAAGAUAAUUAUAGAUAUUUCAAGUUGUAAUUUUGUGUAUUUGCAUUGAAUCAAUGUAUGCUGACAUAUUGAAAUUAUUAAAUGUCUGUUAUUUUUUUGCGUUUUUCUUCUUCUUUUUUUCGUGCUGUGUUACACGUUUUUGCUUCUUGUUUUUUUCAUAUUUUUUUUAUUUUGCCUUGUUUUAAUUGUGCUUCUAUACAAUACACUGUUCUUAUAGAACAGCGUGUACUUCAUCCUAGAUGAACUUUUUCUUUGAGUGGCAUUAAAUGACAUAGCUGGUAAAACAUAAAAUUUUAAAUAAAUAUUACUUUCAAGUCGAUUUUAGAAUUAACCCCGAAAUUCAGGACUUUAAAGGGGCAUUGUGACACUCGUCUUAGAAGU